GUUGGAACCUCUGUUGAGCAUUCCCAUGGGCGGGAAACAGUAUCAGGACAAUAGCAAUGUGCGGGGCUUCGCCUGGUGCCAGAGCUGCCAGAAUUGGGCUUGGAACUGUCGCGUCAAGCGCCAGGGCGGCAAAUGCGGCGUCUGCGGCGAGACCUGCUUCGUCCCUGACCCGAGCUGGAACGCCUGGAACACCGCUGGCGGAGGCAACCACGGUGGCGACAGCGGCGGCAGCCAGAAGGGUGGCAAGCGCGGCGGUCAAGGAAGUGGGCAGCAUGGCGAUCAUGCCCAAGACUACUUCCAGAAGUACCUGGCCGCCGCUGGUCUCACCAACGACCCCACGGCGCUCGGCCUGGUCGACAAGGUGCAGGCCCAGGCGCUCGCCAUCGCGCCCAAGAAGCAGGACGCCCUGAACCAGGCCACGGAACAGCUGGCCCAGGCGGAGGAGCGCCUCCAGGAGGCGAAGGAGCGCCAACUGUCCGCAGCGGCGGCGCUCUACGAUGCGGACCAGGAGCGCAUCCGCGCCCAAGAGGCCGUCAAUGCCAGGGAGGCGCCGCUUCCGCCUGCCUCCGGGCCCUUCGGCGUCGACGCCGACCUCUUCCAGCGCAUGGGCGCGUUUGAGGAGGGGGGUCAGGUGCAGCUGCGCAGGUUCCAGUCGCAGCUCGCUGCAGUCAGGGGGGAGGCCAGGCGUCGCGAGAAACAGUUCCAGGACAUCCUCGCGCAGGCUCGCAAGGCCCUGUCGGCGCCCAAGAAGAAGCGCAAGGGACCUGAGGGCGAGGCCCAAGGCAAGGGCCCCGGCGUCGAGCUCUCCGCCGAGGCUAGGGAGCGGCGGGCGGCGGCCGUCGCCCACUUUGUCGAGGGCGCCCGCGCGGCCAAGACCAUGGCGGCGGCUGCGGGCUCGCGGUGCAUCGCGGAACAUCACUUCAAGACCUCGAUCGUCGGCCUGGUCGAGACCCACAGAGGCGCUUCCGAUUUGGACAGGGUCGAGGUGGACUUGCACGAGGACGGGUGGCUGCUCCAUGCCACCGCAGCGCGGCCCUCGGGUCGCUCUGAAGCUGGGUUGUCAGCAGGCGAGUGGAUGCUCUCCCGACCCCAUGUCGCCACCACGUCCUUCCAGAGGAUGCGCAACGCGAUGCGGUGCAAGGGUUUUGCGCCGCUCACUCACCGCAUGAAGCUGGGCAACGUUGUGACCUUUGCAGCUUAUCCGGAGCCUGGGCUGCAGUUCCGAGGCCUCAACAACGACAUCAUG